GUUAUGAUUUUCUGUGUGCAAUGAAACAGUAAAUCGAUUGAUUGUGAGAGCACAGCCUAAGUAAUUUGAGGCAACGUCAAACAAUGUUUUUUUUAAUGUCAUACACACUGUCAAAACGUUCUACGCGAAGUGAUUUAGUUUUCUCAACGGGUUCGUCAUCAUUGCCUGAAAAUUAUCACGUUUAUGGAUUAAUGCUUAAACUAGCCUUCAACAACAUUGGAACAUUUCGAUUCAUGUUAGAGAGUUGUAAAGAAAAAAGUGUACUCUAUAGCUCUGUUGAUCUUACAUCAACAUCGUAUCACUGUCGCUGGUGCUGUGCUCGCACCGCCAUUCGUGAUGUGCUAUUGAGCAAAAACCAAACAAAUUGUGCGUUACUCCCGAAAACAAUUAUAGUUCACAUCACACGGUGCCACGCAUCUGGUCCAAUGGCAUUCGACAAAAACGGUACCGGCCAAGCUGCAGCAAGUGCAAUUCUUCAGUGUAAACAACAUGUUUUUGUUUAACGUGGAGCCUCCCCAUGGUACAUAGCGCUCCGUUGGCAAUAGCUGAUCUUGUGCGCAUCAAACGUCUUGGUAGAAUCUCGUUAACAAUCUACCAGCAUCUGUAGUAGAAAUUUUCUUCCAUUCCAAACAUGUUGUCAGUCGGAUACGAACAGCGAAAGAAGAACGACCGUACGAAUGAUAGGAUAUCCGUUGAUGUUAGUCGAAGUAGCAAACACCACAAUCGUUAGCCGCAUUGGGCAUUCGGCCUGCCGAAAUAGCCUUCGACUGUUGGCAUCAAGCGUCAUCAGUGGCUGCGAACGCGCAAAAUGCAGGCAAAAAAACGCUACAUUCUAGUGAUAAUCUGUUGCGCUUUCCUAGCGUACUGUUACCUGGGAGGCUAUCGGUUGAAAGGAUUGCAAGCGCUGUUUCGGAUACGUGUGCGUAAAAAUCCGGACAAUCUACCAUGCUAUCACCAGCUGCACUACCAAUACGCCGAAAGUACGGAUUCAUCAAAUCAGGCGCAAGCAUUACCGGACGAUGAUCUAUUUACCGCUCCCACAUACGAAUCCCGAUUCCGCGAUGUAGCCCCUCAGCCGUCUUUCCAACGAGGUGGUCCUAUACGGCGUGUGACUGAUGAAGGAGGUGCGAUGUUCAAAUCCUGUCGCAUGGAAACUUGCUUCGAUUUUAGCAAAUGUAGCGAUAAGAACUUUUACGUUUACGUGUACCCACCGGAGCCAUUGAAUUCGCUUGGUGCACCACCGCCAAUUAGUCAAAACUAUCAAAAAAUCAUAUCGGCCAUUCAAGAAAGCCGCUACUAUACGACUGAUCCCGAGCAGGCCUGUCUGUUCGUGCUCGGCAUUGAUACACUUGAUCGCGACUCGCUCAGUGAGGAUUUUGUGCGUAACGUGCCGUCUCGCCUGCAACGGCUACCACACUGGAAUAAUGGGCGUAAUCAUAUCAUCUUUAACCUUUAUUCGGGCACAUGGCCAGACUACAACGAGAAUGGGCUCGGAUUCGAUCCGGGACAGGCAAUCCUAGCUAAAGCCAGCAUGAGCAUCCAAUCACUGCGACCCGGCUUUGACGUUAGUAUUCCUCUUUUUCACAAGCAGUUCCCGUUGCGUGGCGGCAAUACAGGUUUCGUAAUCAGUAACAACUUCCCAGCCAACAAGAAGUAUCUACUUGCCUUCAAAGGUAAAAGGUACGUCCAUGGUAUUGGUUCUGAAACACGAAACUCGUUGUUUCACUUACAUAACGCCCGAGAUUUUGUAUUAGUGACAACUUGCAAGCAUGGGAAAAGUUGGCGAGAUUUGCAGGAUGCUCGAUGUGACGAAGAUAAUCGAGAAUACGAUAGGUAUGACUACGAAACAUUGUUACAGAAUUCAACGUUCUGCCUUGUGCCCAGAGGUCGUCGUUUAGGAUCAUUUAGGUUUCUGGAAGUGCUUCAAGCGGGUUGCAUACCAGUGUUGCUUUCAAAUUCAUGGGUGUUACCGUUUCAGUCCAAAAUUGACUGGAAGCAAGCUGCUAUUUGGGCAGAUGAAAGACUGUUGCUGCAAGUUCCAGACAUCGUACGUUCCAUCUCUACAAGCCGUAUUCUAGCUUUACGUCAGCAGACACAAGUGCUUUGGGAGCGUUAUUUUAGUUCUAUUGAAAAAAUAAUUUUUACAACAUUUGAGAUUAUCCGUGAGAGACUGCCAGACUAUCCUCAUCGGAAUGGACUGACUUGGAAUACAUCCCCAGGGGCACUAUUGACUAUUCCGACCUUUUCCGAUACUCAUCGCCGAUUUCCGUUUCUGCUAGACAAACUUGGUCACACACCCGGACUGAACUAUACCGCCGUAAUAUUUGUACAGAUCGGUACGCAGCUUACACCAAACUCAGCUUUAUACAAGCUAGUCAAAAGUAUUACCAAAAGCCAAUACAUAGAUAAGAUUUUAAUUCUGUGGGCAACUGAUAGAUCUGUUCCGCCGAAGAAACGUUGGCCAUCUACAGGUCACAUUCCACUGCACAUCAUAUCGGGCAGCACGAGCGAAGACCGGCCAAGCAUAUCCCAAAGAUUCUACCCCCACGAUCAAAUCGAGACUGACGCCGUUUUGUCACUGGAUGAAGAUGCUAUAUUAAACACCGACGAGCUGGAUUUUGCCUAUCAGGUGUGGCGCGAUUUUCCAGAUCGCAUCGUCGGCUAUCCGGCGCGGGCACAUUUUUGGGAUGAUUCCAAGAACGCAUGGGGUUAUACAUCCAAAUGGACAAACUAUUAUUCGAUCGUUUUAACUGGCGCCGCAUUUUAUCAUCGUUACUAUAAUUAUCUUUACACUAACUGGUUGUCGUACCUGUUGUUAAAGACGGUACAACAAUCGUCCAACUGUGAAGACAUUCUCAUGAAUCUUCUUGUAUCGCAUGUCACUCGUAAACCUCCCAUUAAGGUGACGCAGCGAAAAGGCUACAAAGAUCGAGAAAGUGGAAGAUCUCCUUGGAAUGAUCCUGAUCAUUUUAUACAGCGUCAGAGUUGUUUAAAUACUUUUGCCGCAGUUUUUGGUUAUAUGCCUUUACUUAGGUCGAACCUGCGACUGGAUCCUGUUUUGUAUCGAGAUUCGGUAUCAAAUUUGAGGAAAAAAUACCGACAGAUCGAGCUAGUCGGUAGCUAGCGAUUUUUGUAUAUUUAUUAAAUUAGGUUACAUGUCAUAUUCAAAUAACAUCGAACAUCAUUUAUAUACAACCUUCAUUAAAUUAAAUCCUCGUACAACAAGGAUUUAACUGUCGUGUUGUUCAAAUAGUUUGUUUUUAACUAACCCUCUGAAAGGGUUUAAUGGUUUAGUUUUCAGUGCUUCGCAUCAAAAGUAAAGCAAACUGGCUAAGUAAUAUUAUUUCAAUUACAGUAGGAACAAUGUGAGCAUAAGUGAUCAUCAAUCAAAAAAAUAAAAAUUAAAACACAGGAUAACAAUAAUUACUUGCGAUAUUACAUCGCAACGUUUGAUUUUAAUUUGUUGAACUAGUCGAAAGUAGAUACUAAAAUGCACAACAUGUUCUUCAUGUCUUACAGAUAUUUUUAAAGAAAAAAUAAAAAUAUAGAAAAAAAUAAAGCGAUGUGUCGAUUAACGCAGCAUGUAAAAACUAUGAAAAUACACAGCAGCAAUUGUUGGCAUUACAUAGUAGCAAAUAAUUACUAAGCAAAUAAGUUAACUCGUCAAGGAUGGUGAGCGUCUGAAUAUAUAAGCGAAUAAGUAGAAAAGUGUAUAGAAAUUUGUUGAAUGUAAUAAUCGAAAAUACGCGCAUGUUUAGAAAAAUGAGCUUUAGGCAUGUUUGAGCCAGUUGCUGCUAAUGCGCGGAAUAGUUUCGGAAAAGCAGAAUGUUGCGACAUUCACGAAUAGAUAUUCUGUUUUUUUACCAUAAGAAUAGGCCAAUGAUAGUCUAAACAAACGAUGCAGCCGCACGGCUUUUAAGUUAGACGUAUUUUAACUACACACCAACGAUGCCAUUUGUGUAUAUACCCCGAAAUAUAGUAGUUAGUGAAGCUGACAGUUCUUCUUAAAA